AUGGAUAGCAAUAGGGCCUCGCCUAACAGUCAGGAUGGAUACUCCAGACGGUUCCUUUGGCAUGCUGGGUGUGGGAGCAUUGCAGGAGCCAUGUCGCUGCUGUUGUUUUAUCCAUUGGAGGUCUCAAGGACCAAGCUUGCCAAUGAUCUUAAGAUCAAAGGCAAAUGGGAAUUUGAUGGUCACCUGGAUGUUUAUCGUCGUAUAUUGGGACCCAGACCACACGUGGAGGAUCUAUACAGGGGGUAUUUCGUCUCCUCGUAUGGAGCAGGGAUAUACCGUGGCCUGUACUUUGGACUUUAUGGCGCCCUCAAGUCUAUUGUUCUCACUGGCAGUACCAAGGAUGAUUUCCUAGCCAGUUUUGCAUUAGCGUGGGUGACUACCAACGUGUCGGCCUUUGCAACAUACCCAAUUGAUACAAUUAGGAGGAGAAUGAUGAUGAAUGGCUUUAGCUUCUCUGAAGUGUUGCUUGAUGUGGGUGCCACCCCAAGGUUGCUGUACAAGGGAGCUGGUGCGAACAUUCUUCGGUCAGGUGUCGCGGGAGCCUUUAUGUUGGCUGGAUAUGAUCAAGUGCAGGCAUCUCUCACCAAGGGGAAGGUCUGA